AUGCGCGCAACUCUCCCCCGCCUGCUAUCCACUACGCGCGCUGCGCGCUCUCUUCUCGGCUCGAGCGCCCCACCACCACCCAGCGGAGCAGCAUGCACCGGCGCUCCCGUGGGUCCCAACAACGCCACGCUCCCUCCCGUCCGCUACCACAUCUUUAAAAACAAGCUGCCCUACCCCACCGGCCUCAAGCUGCAGUCUGCCAUUCUCGAUGCACGCUUCAAGGCGCGUGAGACCGGAGGUGGCAAGACGGACUCGCUGUUCUUGCUGGAGCACACCCCGACAUACACCACCGGCCGCCGAGACAACACCCCGAACCCGGACCAACUGCACCCCGAGGAGAAGAAGGUGCAAAACGUCGGAGCCGGGUUCUACAUCACCAAGCGCGGCGGCCAGGUGACGUACCACGGCCCGGGCCAGAUUGUGGGCUAUGGCAUGUUCGACCUGAACGCCAUGGGCACACCGACGAGGUGCUAUGUCGAGUACCUCCAGGCCCUGUUGGGAGAGUAUGUUCGCGACCAGGGGGUUGACGCGUAUGCCCCGCACCCGGACGACCACGUCGGUGUGUUCCCCACGUUGACGUCAAAGGUGGCCUCGAUCGGCAUCCACCUCCGCCACCGCGUCACAUCCCACGGCUUUGCCAUGAACAUCACCCCAGAGCCGAUCGCCUGGUUUGACCUCGUGACAGCCUGUGGUCUCGACGACGUCUCGGCCGUGAGCCUUCACCAGCUUCUGCAGGCCCUGCCCACCCCGCCUGCGAGCUUGCCGUCCGUACUCGAGGCGUCGCAGGCCCUGGUGCCGCGGUUCGCGGACACGUUCCAGCGCGAGUUUGUCGAGCUCGGCGCCGGCGCGCAGGACGGCGAGGUUGCUGGGGAUGUCGAGGCGAUCCGCGAGAUUGUGGCCGAGGUCGAGGCCGAGGCCGCCCAGGCGGAGAAGGAGGCCGGAGGGUGGCCCACUGCGCCGCGUACAGCCUAG